GAAACAUGGCGACAAGCGCAUCUGCUUUGCUCACACCCACAACAACCUUCUCCACCACAAUCUCCCAGAAAAACCCAAACUCAAUCUCCUUCCACGGCCUCCGUCCUCACCGCCUCGGUAGCUCCUCCUCCGCCUUACCCAAGCUAUCCACCACCUCCGGGAGAAGAUCUUCCUCCGCCGUCGUUAGAGCCGAACUCAGCCCAUCCGUCGUCAUAAGCCUCAGCACUGGUCUCUCCCUCUUCCUAGGGCGGUUCGUCUUCUUCAACUUCCAGAGAGAGAAUGUGGCGAAACAGGUUCCGGAGCAGAACGGGAAAACCCAUUUCGAAGCCGGUGAUGAUCGUGCCAAGGAAUAUGUAAGCCUCUUGAAAUCGAACGACCCUGUUGGGUUCAACAUUGUUGAUGUUCUUGCUUGGGGUUCUAUUGGACACAUUGUUGCUUACUAUGUCUUGGCCACUUCUAGCAAUGGCUACGACCCAAGCUUCUUUGGCUGAUUCAUUCAGUCUCUGUCUCGUUUAUGUAUGUGUGUUUGACUUGUAUCGCAAGCUACCUAGUCUAUUCUCUUGUCUCUGUUUCUUCUACCAUUGGACACAUUGUUGUUAUUGUCUAGGGCAUUCUCUCUUUCGUUUGCAAACAACAUGAAUAUAUUUCGUGAUCUAAAAAUGGCUGUUUAGGUGGUCUAAAGAAAGACUUUUGUUAUAUCAAGUGCAUCAGAAUUAUGGCUUUUA